AUCUGCAUCCUCAGAGCCACUGCUUUCACUUCCAUCCACUUCACGAGUGCACGCGCCUGAGAGAAGUUGAUCUCUGUGACAAGAUCUCGAGACUUCAGAUGCACAACAGAUAUGCAAGAUGAGAGAAAACUUACUUGGAAUACUUUUACUUUUGAAAUAUUGCAUUUGCGGUGAUGUGCAUGACUUCGAUGGAGAUAUCAAGGACUUUGUAGUUGGUAACAGUAAGUUAUUUGUUCUUACUGAUCAUCGACUACAUCAGAUGAGUCUCGAUCUUACUGAGGAGAAGAGCAAAGACAUCACUAAAACCUCUGAACACAACAGAGUCAACAUUCUGGUGCCUUUUGAUGAAAACAGCACCUUGAUAACGUGUGGGACAUUUAACAAUGGAUAUUGUGAGGUUCUUGAUAUAAAUGACAUUACAAACAGUAUUUACUAUGAAAGUGAUCUACUGAUAGGACCUCGACAGGAUGAGAAAUCUGUUGCCUUCAUAGCCGGUACAAGUAGCAGUAGGUACCUUUUGGUUGGGAAAAAAGACGAAGAUGCAAAACUUAAAAAUACCAGGUAUUCUGUUGUUAGGUUGCUGAGCACUUUACACUCUCAACCAGGUGGGAUUUUCUCAAAAAAUGCAGAAGGAUCAGAUGCCUUCAUUGAGAGCACUGUGACAGAUGUGGAGUUUGUUGAUGGAUUCCAGAGAGUUUCACCCUCAGAAUCUUACUUAUUUCUGAACACAAAGACUGACUCCGAGAGGAAAGUGCUCAUCCUGUGGAUGAACAGCUCUAAAGGAAAAAAGACAGAAAUCAUCAGAUCCCUACAGGCUUCAAGGAUACGAUGCUGCAGUGAUAAAGCUCGUCCAGUGCUCGUCGCCAGCACCGUUAUUCCCUCAGUGAACAGAGUUAUUUGGGCAGGUGUGUUCAGUGCACAGAAUCAGCAGGAUCCGGAGAACAGCGCGCUGGCUCUGUAUGACAUCAGUCAUGUUAAAGGACGAGUGAAGGGCUUCUGUGUUAUUGGUGAAAAUACAUGUGGUUCUGAGAAUGAUACUGAACUUCAGCCGCUCUCUGUGGUGUUCAAGUACAGCUCAAUGUCAGCAGUGGCAGUAGUUAGAAGUGGAUCCUGGAUUGUGCUGUUCAUAGGAACCAGUGAUGGUCAACUCAUAAAGCUAGUAUUGGAUGAGAAAUUCACUCCAGACUGUCCAACAGUGCUGUUCAAAUCUGAUGAUGAACGAGCAGUGUUUCCCAGAAUGCACUUUGAUCCAGUAGAUUUCAGAUAUAUUUACAUCGCUGUGAAGAAACAGUUAAGAAGAGUGUCUGUGGUUUCGUGUGCUAAAUACAUCACUCUGAAAGACUGCAGAGCUGCUCUGGAUCCUCUCUGCGGCUGGUGUGUGAACACACACAGAUGUUCUACUCGAGAUGAAUGUUCAAAUACUUCAUGGGUGUCCAUCCCAAAAAACUCUCUCCAGACACGGCUGUUUUCUUUUCAGAUGACAGAGAAUUCUUCUAGAAAGAUUACUCUACAUCUUUCAUUGAGUCUGGAGAGCACAGGAAAUCCUGCCUUCUCAUGUACCUUCAACACAGGAACCAUGAACCUGUGUGACGGGUCUGAUCCACCUGCAGUUUUCCCAAACUGCUCCUGUAGUUUUUCUGACCAGAUUCUAUACACUGGAGGUUUAAGAGUCUCUGCUACAGUUACUAUUGAGGAUCAGAAGAUCACAGAGACACUGACGCUGACAAACUGCUCCAGUAUCACAGAAAAUUCACCAAUUGCUUCUUACACACAGUGUGUGCAGUGUGUCUCAUCUGGGUGUCACUGGUCCUCUUCCUCCAAGCGUUGUGAUUGGACACAUGGAAGUGGGCUGCAGUUACACACACAGGAUGAAUGUAAAUAUCUUCUCUCUGAGAUGGUCUUCAAUAAGCCGGAGAUUCUGUCUCUGGAGCCGAACAAGGUUUCUUUCCAUGGCAGAAACAAUGUUUUACUAAGAGGAAGGAACCUGGAAUCUGUUUCUAAAAUCCGUAUUCAAGGGGAUCUGGAGUGCAUUCCUAAAGAAUCUCCAGUGUUUGAUCGCUCCAGUGACACGUUAAGGUUCCACAUUCCUCCCAGUGGAACUAAAGGAACAGUGAAAGUGUGUGUUGUUACUCUUGACGACCGUUGUCAUGGUAACAGCAUCAUCACUUACAGUUCUCAGCCCAGCUGCACUGGAAUACAGCCCACAGUCAGCUGGAGCAGUGGUGGAAGGAAGAUUCUUGUUCAGGGGAGCAAUCUGGAAUUUGUGGAAUCAGUUACUGUCCAUCCCUUUAACAAAGGGAUUUCACAAAAAAGCAUCACAAGCUCAGGGGUUGUCUGGUUUGACUCCGGUCCUUAUGAUGGCAGUGGUCAGUUUAGAUUGUUAUUGAAUGUUGGGAACUCCACUGUGGACUGUGUGGAUUAUUUCUCUUAUAAACCUGAUCCUGAAUUCACUGGAUUCACCACUGUACAGGUGGCCAAUGAUCUACAGGUGAACAUUCAGAAAAAGGUAGAUAUGUUGAAUUUGAGUAUGAAUGAGGUGACUGUGACGGGUCUACAGGGAGAUCAGCAGUAUCCAUGUGUUUUGGAGAGGAUUGAGUCCAAUGCCAUCAUCUGUAUGAUUGCAGGAGAAUCAGGAGCCGUCCCAGCAGUGGACUCACUCACUAUCACGGUUGGGAAUUAUGUUCUUGGGAUGAGUAAUACAAAGAAUUUGUUCUGCCUCAGUCCACACAAUACACCUGGCCAUAUAUGAAGGGAAACUGAUGCUCAGCAUCUUCCAGGAAAAAAUUAUAAUAAGAUGAAAAACUUGCAUUUUUUCCCCCAAAGACUAGAGACUUCUGUACAUUUUAUGUUUUAUUCCUGUUGCAUUUUCUUUCUACUUUUUAUAUAUAAUUUUUUAUUAAUAUUUUUGCUUUAAUUAACACAAUAUGUUUUUUUAUGUUAUGGUCAAUCUGAUUCAUAAAGAUAUGAUAUAAAUCUCUUUACAUGUAUAAUUACAGUAGCCAGAAUAAGAGCUCGACUGUCAAACGUCUCCUGUCAGAGUCAAUCUGUGUCUGAACAGCAGGUGGCGCUAUCUACUCAUUUAUUAUACACUGCAGAAACAGUUAACAUUUAGUACUGUAAUACAAUUAAUCUGUUGUUGAAGACAUUGAUUGUAAUUUUUCUCAUCGUACAACUACACAAUUAUUUUGCUGUUAUUAAUCUGAUAACUGUUAUCCAUAUACUGCAUUAAACAGCAUAUUUACUAAUAAAAAUGCCUAAUAUACAGUAUGAAAUCUAUUAUAG